AUGAUGCGCAAUACGCUUCGCAGGUCCUGCGACGCUUGCGCGAAGUCGAAGUUGUCGUGUAAUCUUACGACGCCACAAUGUUCACGAUGCGCCAGGAGAGGCUCACCAUGUGUAUACGCCAACCAGCCAGUGUCCGCGGCGCUAAUAGAAAGCACGAGUUCGCCGCCGUCAAGGGCCUCGUCGCUUGAUGGAGGCAAUUCAGUGGUCACAUUCACGAAUCCUGGGAUCCAGUCUUUUGACCCUUUUGAUACAUAUCCUCAGACAAGACUUCCAAGACCACACGUGCAGCGACUGAUUCAGCAUUUCCUAUCUCAUAUUGCCUUCCAGUACUACCCUUUAGAUCUCGACCUCACUUCCAAUCCAUUUGUGGUCUCCUGGUGGCCUCUCGCUCUGGCAGACCCCGCUUUAUUUCACGUAUCACUUCAGACUGCGUCACUUGACAUGGAUCUGCGAGCGCGAAAAGGGUUCGCCAACUCGGAACUCUUGAUGGCCGACUCCGUCUCGCUUGUUCGAAAAAAGGUCGCUGAUCCAGCAUCUGCGCUGGAAGACGAAACCUUGGAUUCGGUCAUCACGCUGGCGGCUAUCGAGUACGGCAAGGGCAACGCCGACGUCAGUGCGCUGCAUAUCGAUGGUGUCAAACGUCUUGUUCAACUUAGAGGUGGUAUCGACCUUCUGAAGCGCAUGAGCCCCCUCACGGCUAGGAUGGUCGCUUGGGUCUGCAUGAUUGUCAUGCAAACACCGCAAUUCCAAGUUCAAGACGACUUUGGGCCUGGUGACGGCAUUGCCCCGAUACCGCAAUGGUACCAAGCGAGCAGCAACAUCUCCGACCUGGUCCCAAUGCUGGUCAACACUCCUCUCCUUGACCCCAAGAUCGCCGAUGUUCUUGGCCGGCUACACAAUCUUUUCGACUCCAGCCAGUACACGCUGACCAGUACCGACCUUCAUGACCUGACGUGCUAUGCUGUCCACAAGCUGCUACUAUGGGACCCUCAGCCCCAAGUCGAGGGCGUUCACUAUGAUCUGGCUGCUUCUGGCAUCGUCCGACAUGCCACCGUACUCUAUCUACUCAUUGUCCAUGGGCCCACGUACUUCUCUCAUGCGCGUCUGCAAUACGCUACAGCACUCAAGCUUCAAGCGCAGAUGGAGUACACCUGGUUCAACAUGCUUCUCAGCCAUGAUGCUCUCGCCUUAUGGCUCCUAUCAAUCGGCAUGGUAGCUUCUGAAGGAUCUCCGGAAGGCCGGUGGUUCACAAUACAAGCUCACAGGGCUGCUGAAGCUCUCGGAUUGCGAGCGUGGGACGACCUUGUCGUCCGCCUUCGAAAACUUGUUUGGUUAGACUCCCCUACUGCUGAAUCUCUGUUCCAAAAGAAGUGGCAGGAAGCCUGGAUCAUCGCGCCUACAUGA